CGCCUGGCAGUCUGCACAUUGCGUCCCGGCAGGCCUCACACAGCGCCAAGCCAGCAGUCUCUGCGUUCCACACUUGAGCGCAGCAGACUGAGCCCCGGAGCAGCGCAUUCGUACCUCAGCAGGCGCAGCGAUGCAUUGCAGCAGCGUGGCAGCGCAGCGAGCCUGCUGGCAGCAUAGCCGGUCAGGCAGGGCGGCGGCAGGGCGCACCGUGCGCCGCCGAGCGACGGUCUGCUCGGCGGCAGCCACCAGCGGCAGCGCGCUCAAGCUCUUCUCCCCCUCCAAGAUCAACGUCUUCCUGCGCAUCGUGCGGCGCCGCGAGGACGGCUACCACGACCUGGCCAGCCUGUUCCACGUCAUCGACCUGGGCGAUGACAUGGCGUUUGAUGAGCUGCCGCGCGGCGCCGCCGCCGACCAGCUGACUUGCAACAUGGAGGGCGUGCCCACCGACGAAAGCAACCUGGUCAUCAAGGCCCUCAACCUGUUCCGUGCCAAGACCGGGCGCACGCAGCGCUUCAGGGUCGACCUGCGCAAGCGCGUGCCGCACGGCGCGGGCCUGGGCGGCGGCUCGGGCAACGCCGCCACCACGCUGUGGGCCGCCAACGAGCUGUGCGGGCGCCCCGCCAGCUGCGAGGAGCUGCUGGAGUGGUCUGGGGAGAUCGGCAGCGACAUCUCCGUCUUCUUCUCACACGGUGCAGCCUACUGCACCGGCAGCAGGGGCGAGAUUGUGGAGGAGGUGGCGCCGCCGCUGGAGCUGGCCACGCCGCUGCUGCUGGUCAAGCCUCCCGUGGGCCUGUCCACGCCCGAGAUAUUCAGGGCGCUGGACCUGGGCAGGCGCAGCACGGCAGACCCGCGCGACCUGCUGGCGCGGCUGGCGGCGGAGGGCGCCACCCAGGAGCUGACGGUCAACGACCUGGAGCAGCCCGCCUUUGACCGGCUGCCUGCGCUGCUGGAGCUGAAGCGGCGGCUGCAGGCGGAGGGCGGCGGCUACAGCAGCGCCUUCAUGACGGGCAGCGGCAGCACCAUCGUCUGCGUGGGAUCAGAUGAGGUGCCAGCCUUCCUGUCUGAGCCGCAGUACUCGGAGAUGUUUGUCAGCCCCGCGCGGCUCAUCACGCGGCAGCCGGGGCAGUGGUAUGCAGCCCCCAGCCGCGGCGCAGCAGCGGCACCUCCCCCGGCGGCGGCGGCAGUGGCAUGA